AUGGUGACCACUGUCAAGUCCUUGACUGCGACAUCCGCCUCGGAGCAAUAUUGGGCUGCGCGCGCAUUGACCGCGGAAACGCUUCUCUCAGCUCGGCUUGCGCACCAGAGCGAGAUGGCGCAGGCCAUUGAAACUGCAGAGGAGAAACGUGCUCGUGAGGUAUACGCGAUACAGCAGUACCACGAUGAACGACAUACCAGACUGGAGAGACUCAUUGUCCUUCUCCUCACAUGUCUUAUUACAUUUGCGGCGGUGGUUUUAUAUCUACUUGCGCGUAGCCAGAAUCACACGCAUUCUACACGGUGGUCUAUGCCAUCGCACUUUACGAUCCCUAUUCUCUCUCCAUUCGCCUCUGUGGUGGAACAUGAAACAUCCGUUGUGAACGUCAAGCUACUUACGAUCUGCGUUAUUUGUUUCUCUGUUCUGACGUAUGCGGCCUUUCGAUAUUGGUUGACCCACGCGCGUCUACGAUGA